CACUCUGUAGGCUAUAGUCUCAAGACAGAAGGACAAGAAACUCUCAUCCCUCCAGUCAGCUGUCUCUCUCCCUCUCUCUCCCUAUCCUGAUACCAGCCCAAGCUCUAUUUCUGGUCUGGCUUCUGUGGACUAAAGAAGUUAUAUUGUGUGUCGGACACUUUGGGCAGUAUUUACUUGUGAAUACAUAACUUUCAAAGGGGUGUUUUGUGCCGGUUGUCAUUUGACCCAGAGGAUGAUCUAGAACUUGGAGUGAAGGGUCUUCUGUAUUUCUGGUUGAUUUAUCCAACAAGGUUGAAACCAUGGCUGGGAUCUAUGGCUGCUUGCGAGGAAACAACAGUGACAGCAGCAUCAUGGCCGCAGGACCACCAGAUGUGAUGAUCACUCAGGACCCAGCAGAAGCCCCAGAAGAAUGUCCAGGAAAGAAGAAAUCAAAGUUCCAGACUUUCAAGAAUUUCUUUGUGAAGAAGAAGAGGAAGGAGGCACCGGCUCCAGCAGGCGACACGGUGUUAAAGUCCAGCCAGUCCAGUGACAAUGUCAACACACCUGAGACCACCAGCCUCACACGCUCUGAGAAGGACCAGGGCUCAGGGUCAAAGAUUAACAUGGGCAGCAAGGCCCUGUCACAUGACAGUGUCUUUGUUUCUGAUUCGCCAUCAUCGGUGGAAAAGGAGGGGUUGGGUGCCUCACAGGACAGUAUACAUGGGAAAGUCAAAUCUCUGCAGCUUCAGUUGAAGCAGGCCAUUCGUCUGGGCUCCCCUCCCUCUCUGAUGUGUAUGAAGAGAGCCGAUGAUGGGGGAGCCGUGUCGGAGGACGAUGGUCUACCCUGCAGCCCCCCCGAAUACUCCACCCUGCACACCGUCAUGACCAAAGGCUCCCAUAAGUCCUUCAACCUGGUGCAGAGAAACAGCUCCCUGAGCCUCGAGGGUACAGACAGUGAUGACGACCAGUUGUCAUGUGACCCAGGCUCCAGGUCCAUCAGUCCCCUGGUGGUCCCAGCAGCAGACUUCAGCCAGCCUGCCAGUCCCACGGUGUGCCUGGACAACACGGCCGCUAAACACCGCCUCGCGCUCCGUCACCACGCCUGCACCAAGAGGAAACCCACCACCAGGGUUGAGUGCCGGUCAGAAAGAGACUCCUUCCAGGAAGAGAGACUGAGUGUUUCUAUCCCAGAGUCUGUAGACGAGGGAGAAGAAGAAGACGUGGACAGUGACCAGGCCAAAGCCCCUGCCACGGAUGAGGAGGCUGAAGAUGAGCAGACGGAUUCCAAACAAUCCCAGCAUGCUUCGGCAGAGCCGCCCCCGCCGGCUGAUACCGAGGACGAGCUGGGGGCCGGACAGGAAGUUUCUCACGGCCAGGAUGCCCCCCCUUCCUCCUCCUCCCCCUCCCCCUCCCCACAGCGGGAUGAGUCCGACUCGGAGGAAUGUCUCCCGGCAGAGCCCCAUCCCAAGACCCUGUCUCAGCCUCCCUCCCUGCCCAGCUCCAGGGCCUCUUCUGUGGACUGCCUGGCCUCGCUGGAGACCCCUGCUGGAGACUUCCUGCUCGAGGCUGGAGGGGCUGGUGGGGAGCAGGAGGAGGAGAGCUCCCUGCUCCAGGAGGUGCUGAGCUCCCUCAGGGGCCCCCUUUCCUCCUCCCUGGGGCUGGAAACCGAGGGUGGGGUCUUGGUGAUGCAAGAAGAGGCGAAUGAGGAGCAGGAGGAGCAUGGGAAAGUGGAGGAGGAGGACGAGAGGGAGGUGGAUGAUCUGUCCUGUGGCCUUGACGUCUUGAACACAUCCUCUGACUCUCUAGCCAAACCAUGUGACCCCCUGUCUCCACCCUCAGACUCGCCCCUACAGGAAGACGCCACUGCCCUCAGGGACGGACCUCGGUCUCCCGAUGAGUCACGCGAGGACCUCAAAACAGCAGAGUCGGAGGAUGAGGAGGAUGUCGGCGAUGAGGAAGAGGAGCCGGUGGUAGAUCGCUUCCAACCACAGGAGGAGAAGCUGGACAGUGCUGAAGAAACCAGCGAGAACAGCACCGAAGAUGAAAAGCCCACACCCUUCACGAAGGAGUGGAACGAAGGAGAGAGUCAAGAAAAGGGGGAGGAAGAGGAGGCGCCGGACGCAGCGGAAGACGUGCAAGAAAGACACGAGGAAGAGGAGGAGAUUGAGGAGGACGAGGAGGAGGAGGCGCUGGAAGGAGAAGAGGAGGAAGAAGAGGAUGUAUGUGAGGAGAGGAAGGAAGAGGAGGAGAUUGAGGAGGAUUCAGAACCAGCAGAGAAGACGGUCGUUUUGGACCCCGAAGAAGAGGAGAAGAAAGAAGACGAAGGUGUACACUGUGGUACUGAAGUGGAGCAACAGCCAGCGGAGAUGACUGACCUGGUCAUCGUUAAAGACAAACCAGAGAGCCUGACUGACCUGUCAGAAGCCCUACUCACACACCAGUCAUCCCUUGACGAAACGAUCACAGCCCAAACAAUGAUGGAAGCAAACGUUCCAGGAGCACCCGUUGUGGACCAAACCGUUGUGAACAAUUCAGAGGUAGACCAGAAUGUUUUGGACCAAUCAGCCAUAGACCAACCAGUCAUGGACCAGACAGUUGUGGAACCUAGCUGUGACCCCUCCUCUUCAGAGCCCGAACACCAAUCCGAUGCCCUCCCACCAAGCGAAGAGGAGGAGGUUAGUUUGACCCCUACCCAGACCAGCACCGGUACCAAAUCGACUCUGUUUUCCUUCAGCUCUGAGCAGAUCUCCGGGCAGCCCUUGCAAGCCCCAGAGGAUGCUGGGAAAGUGCCUGGUGCUUCUGAGCAGGGUAAAGGCAUCCGGUUCACCAUCGCCCCCGCCUGGCAGAGGACCCUCCCAGGAGGAACAGCCCCCAAAGACGAUCCUCCCUCUCUGUCCGCCUCCCCCUCGCUCUCUCCCUCCUCCCCCUCGCUCUCUCCCGCCUCCCCCUCGCUCUCUCCCUCCUCCCCCUCGCUCUCUCCCUCCUCCUGCUCCUUCUCUCCCUCCCCCGCCUUCUCUCCCUCCCCUGUCCCCGCCGCCCCUGCCAGCUCCUUAACCACACCCGGGCUUGGCGAAGCGGUGUCGGCAGGGAAGCGAGAUGGUCCCGUCCGAGCUGAACCGACAAACCUGGCGAAACCUGAAGUAAAUACUAGUCCUCUGAGAACCCCGACCCCUGUGGCGGCAGGAGACGCGACAGCUGCAGGUCGACCGGCCAGAGACCUCCCGCCUCAGGAGGAAGCGAACCCAGAGAACCCUUUCGGCGUGCGCCUCAGAAAGACGUCCACCUCAGCUCUGCUCCGCUACGCCUCCGUGUCGGAGAGCGACGCCCCUGCGCCGGAGGUCGCACCCCCCGCUCGCUCCGCAGAACAAACAAAAAGACCCGCCCCCGAUCCUCCGGCCCAGCCAAUCAGCAGCAAGCCUGCCUUACCCAGGAAGCCAGAGCUGCAGGGAGAGAGCGGGGGGAAAACCAGGAGAAUGCCAGAACCGAUCGUGUCCAGAGUGCCUAGUGGAGGUUCCGAGUCUCCCAGCUGGAUCCACAUGGCCAGACAGAAGCAGCGUGUCUUCAAGGAGAACUCUGUGGAGGAAGCCCAGGAGAGGACUAUAGAGAAGGAGGUCCCUGAGAAGGAGCCCAUUCCUGUUCUUUCCAGUCCUAUCAAAGACCAUGCCAAGCCUGGAGGGUCUCCCAUUAAAGUGAGCUCUUCUCUGGAGACAUCCAAGGCAGCUGUGACGGAUAGGGAGGGGAGGAAAGCCCUGACCUCACCUGGCCCCCCAGCCGUGGCCCAGAAACCCACACAGCCCCAGCCUGGGCCCCCGGCCUCGUCCCCCAAAGCUCAACCCCCCCAGCCCUGCACUCAGGCACCAUUGUCCCAGAGAGCCAUGUCCCCCUCAGCCACACUCCCCCAGGAUGAGCCCCCCUGGCUUGCUCUGGCCAAGAAGAAAGCCAAAGCCUGGAGUGAGAUGCCUCAGAUCGUCCAAUGAGGAACGGGCGUCACACGCUAACUGUCUGUCCUGUCUCUUAUGUCUGUCCACUGAUGGACCAGAAUGCAUUUGCACACUGAUAUAUAUAUAUAUAUAUAU